UUUAGAGCUCUGGCCAAUAGACAGCUGAGUCCCUCGCCCGGGGGAUGGCUGUGGGCCAAUCACAAUCCUUGCAGGGCAGGAAGCGGAGGCACGCCCAUUGUUCGGCUUUGCGCAGGCGCGAGUCCUCAGCGCGUCUCCGCGCCUCUGCGUUGUGAGGUGUUUCCACGCAGUGCAUCUUAGUGUGGAGCAGUGAACUGUGGUUCCUUUUCCUUGGGUAUCAUGCAGAGAGCUUCACGUCUGAAGAGAGAGCUGCACAUGUUAGCCACAGAGCCACCCCCAGGCAUCACGUGCUGGCAAGAUAAAGACCAAAUGGAUGAUCUGCGAGCUCAAAUAUUAGGUGGGGCCAACACACCUUAUGAAAAAGGUGUUUUCAAGCUGGAAGUUACCAUUCCUGAGAGGUAUCCAUUUGAACCUCCUCAGAUCCGAUUUCUCACUCCAAUUUAUCAUCCAAACAUUGAUUCUGCUGGAAGGAUUUGUCUAGAUAUUCUCAAAUUGCCACCAAAAGGUGCCUGGAGACCGUCCCUCAACAUCGCAACUGUGUUGACCUCUAUUCAGCUGCUCAUGUCGGAACCCAACCCUGAUGACCCUCUCAUGGCUGACAUAUCCUCAGAAUUUAAAUAUAAUAAGCCACUCUUCCUCAAGAAUGCCAGGGAGUGGACAGAGAAGCAUGCAAGACAGAAACAGAAGGCUGAUGAGGAAGACAUGCUGGAUAAUCUUCCAGAGGCUGGUGACUCUGAAAUACACAACUCAAAGCAAAAAAGAAAAGCCAGGCAGCUAGGAAGCAUAGAAAAGAAAUUUCAUCCCGAUGUUUAGGGGGUUUGUCCUGGUCCAUCUUAGUUAAUAUAUCCUUUGCCAAGGUGGUCUAAUUUUCCUACCUUUCUUGAAUGUUUUUAUUUGUAUUUGAUGACAU